AUGGGCUAUCAGCAUCCUCCAGCCUCUAUCGCAGAGGAUGACUCCAUCUUUGUGGCAGUCCCUUCAACAGACGACAAGGUGAUCGACGUGUAUAGCUUCCCUGGUGAGCUACUCAAGGUCAGGAUCCCACAGAUACGGACCGUCGAAACAGGCAUGGUUAUGGCCGUGAAAUUUGUUCGCAAUAGAGCCCCCCAGAGACUUAUCCUGCUCGCAGGGUAUGAAGGCGGAGUCACUGCAGCAUUCAAGCUGGCUGACGAACACCCCGACACGAGCGUAGGAACCGCCCAGCUUGUUUACCUUAGUCAACCCCAUUCUCAGCCGAUUCUGUCGAUGGACGCUUCGCCAGAGGGCGACUUUUAUUACACAUCCUCGGCAGAUGCUGUAAUAGCCAAGCAUCAGAUACCGGAGUUGCCAUCCAUUCCGGGUAAAGAAGACAAUAACCCACCCGUACCGUCUUCAGAUCUAUUCACAAAGCAAACUGGUGAUCAGCUGAGCUCCAAGACAGCGGCACCCAGCGGUCUAUCUUCACUGCUUUCGUCGGCCGCACCGCUACCGAAGUUCAAGCCUGCUCCGCCAGUCCAGAAAGUGGUCAGCCUACAAGCCCCGUACAAAAUAAGAGACACCAAACACGCAGGUCAACAGUCGCUCCGUGUCCGCUCGGAUGGCAGGCUUCUGGUUACCGGUGGUUGGGACUCACGGAUCCGCAUAUACAGCACCAAGACGCUCAAGGAAGUUGCCGUGCUAAAGUGGCACAAGGAAGGAGUCUACUCCACUGCAUUCGGUGAGAUUCUUGCACAAGAUGAGAUAGGAUGCGGGGAUGGAGCUAUCAACAAGCGGCAAAGAGACCGUGAGGAGCAGUCGAAGCUUAAACACUGGGUCGCUGCAGGAGCCAAGGACGGGAAAGUCAGUUUAUGGGAGGUGUUCUGA